AGAGGCUUGAGGACGCGACGGCAGAAGUUGGCGUGAAGAAGCAGGAGACGCCGCAGGGUCUUGCUGUUUCGCCGGGCAGCACCACCUGCGCCGCCGCCGCGCGCUGGGAAAGGCGCGGAAACCACGCGGGGUGCAGGCACGCUGGUAGAGAUCCCUGCGCCGAGGGGCCGGUUGAGAGUGCGAGACGUAGCUGGUAUCGCAGGAAGAUUGCAGGUUCAUACCAGGUAGGGAUGAGGCUCACAGACGUGGGCUUGCUGCAGCUGCUGGGAAGCACAAUAACCACCCGAGCAGUUGGAGCUGGCUCAAGGCUUUGGAUCCUGGAUGUUUCAUGCUACCAUGUGCUUUGAGGUUGAGAUAACUGGUGUCACGGUUGUCCCUAAGAAGCUGUACCUGUGGCCUUUAGCUCAUCUGAACCUUUUCCUAAGGUGUUAUUCAUACCUGAAAAGAGGUCACUGCAGGCUGUUGUGGUAGUGAGUGGUGUCGGCAGAUUAUGGCAGCUUCCUAGAACGGCGUCCUACAGUCAGAGGUUUAGGAUGGCGCUGCUAGGUUGCAAGAAAAGUGGAGAAUUCUAGUGCCAAAGCUGAAUAAGGUAAACAGUGAGCUGGAAGGACAACCUCGGUCCAGAAUUACCCAAAUUACUUGACAGGCUGGGAAAAUUGAAACACGCCCAACGUGAGUAAGCUUAAGAAAAAUUUUUGACCCUUCGCUUUCCUGGUGUUUGGAUGCCAUUUUGUUUGCUCAAGGCCAUGAAGAAAUGCUUCUAAGACAUGGUCCACAUGAGAGUUAAUGAGUUAGUUAAUGAGCCAGUAAAUGCACUUUUAAUUAGGUUCAACCAUAGUAAUGAUCACAAAGCCUUUGGAGACAUGAAGACCAUCUGUAGCAUCUGGAGUUCAGCAAGAGUGAGGAAUACUAUAAGAUGGCACAUCGAUCUACAACCAUGGGCAAGUCCAACUCCUUCCCUGAACUAUGAGGCCUUGAGGUUCCUGAAGUAUAUAAGCACUUCUCAGAUUUCAUGUGAACACAUGAACCUGAGCAGCCUGACAGGGCACUCUGAAACCACAAAGAAGCCCUGGUCAAUCUGUCUUGAUGAGAGGUUUAGCCUCAUUCAUCGAAUCAGAAACAAGCAAUGCCGCCUCUAUUCCCUUGGGCUGGGCAAUGAUGACAACCAGUUUGAGGUGAACAUGGCUAACAGCGGAUGCGAAGUUCAUCGCUUUGAUCCCAGCAUCAAGUCGGCGCACGUUCAGGAGGGACGGCACCUCUGGUAUCAUCGCCUGUCCAUCGACUGGAGGGAUCCCAAUCCCGCCAUUGCUGCUCAUAAACUUCACAGCAACACAAAGAAGCUGGGCACAAUAUUGAAUGAAUUUGGACAUCAGAAGAUUGAUGUCCUCAAGGCAGAUGUGGAGAGCGCUGAGUGGAAAAUUUUGGAAAACCUGAUUCUGGAAGAUGUUGUUGAGCAGAUAGGACAGCUGGUCUUUGAGGUGCACAUCCACUGGCCCGGAUUUGAGGUCAGUGGCAACGACAGCACUGUGGUGCGGUACUGGUACAGUCUGCUCCGAGAACUGGAGCUGAAGGACUUCAGGCUUUUCCAUACCUACAAAGACUUAUCAAAACCUCAGCUGUUUCUGAAAAAAGAAGCUUUCAAUGCCAGUAGCUGUUACACACUGAGCUGGGUAAAUACAAGAUGGAAAUAGCAGAAAGGGAUUUGUGAUGUGUGACUGUGAGCCAUCUGGCCCAGUAGCAUUACUGAAGAGGCCUUUGGAGUCACUGGCUAAAGCUGCUAAAUAUGCACACAGAGGUUGCUAACAAAAUGGACUGACUUUUAUUCUUAAGCGUGGUCAAAAGAACUGGUAUUAGGAGGAGAUACAUGUUGCAAAUCUUUUUUGUAUAGCAAUAUAUUUGCCAGUGGGAACACUUUCUUAGAGGACAGGAGCAUUCUGUAAAGGUUUAUCUAAGGCAGCUAACAAUGGCUUUCCAAGCCUGCCCCGUGCCUGUGCUUUGACUCCUGUCUUACCCUAGCAGAGGGGAGAUUCCCCCUCGCCCUGCCCCCCCCAAAAGCUCUGCUCUGUGAGCUGAACCUGCCUUAGUGCAGCAUGAGCUAGCAUCUGGUUUGAGAAAUGCUCAUGAGUAAGCUGCUUUCUCAGGAACUUUAGGUAAAGCGUUACAUUUCCAUAAAAUGAUCGUACUUUGACUUGCACUGUCUUUAGUUUGACCUUGUUUCCUAUGGAACAAAUUUUAUGCUAGAAUGGUACGCUCCUACUGACUCUUGAACCCGCUGGCCAAUUUCAGCUGAAUUUGGCAGCAGUAGAAAUCGCCACCAAUCUAAAUUCCUACAUAUUUCAUUAAGUUAUUCAGUUGAGCAGCUUCUAAGUGCUCUGACAUCAGAUCUUAAAGGCGCUCUAAGUGCAGGAAAUGAGUUCAGCACUUCUCACACACAAGGCGGUGGGACAGUGCUACUCAACUGCCGGUAAAGCUGCCAUCAGAGCUCUCCCUCUUAGCCACUAAAUAAAUCAGCCAUAGAAAACAGAGCUUCACUAGUUUGUCUGCUCACAGAACUGCUUGUUUUAAAUUACUCUUGCGGUGGCUGCAGCAACUGGUUUUUCUUCUAGUGAAAUAAUUAUUUAAAAGAGCUGUGAAACUUGGGCCUUUUUGGUUGGUUGGUUUUGGGUUUAGUUGAAUGUUUUGCAGUGUGUGUGCCUUUUCCAGUGCUGCCUCUGGAUGCCUGCUAGCUCCUCACCACAUAACUUUCCUGGCCCAGGUUGCCUCUCCCUAACACAAGGAGGCCAAAUCCCGGCGUCUGUGCCGAUGGCUAUAGCGGUGAAGGCCACCUGCCUUCGGAGGCCCAGGAGAGUGCCUUGUGCAGACUUGCUGGGGCACUACAAGUCAGUAUGUAAGGUAUGUGCAGUGUAAUACAGAAGCCAGGCUUGGCCAUUCCAUGAGAAGCUAAGGAAUGUGGAAGCUGAAAAGUAUAUAGAAGGAUCUUUUUUUAGUUUUUAAAGAAUUUUGACAUUAAACUUUGCAUUAAAAUACAAGAUCACA